GAUGAGUUUGAUCACAUUCAUCAGACAUUAGAAGAUGAACUCCAAGAGCAGCAUGAAUCCACACAGCUUACUGGAGAGACAAGGAAUAAGCUUGUGUUUCAGUCCUACAGGGAGGAGCUGGAGAGGGAACAAGCAUCACAUGCAAGAGUUGAACGAGAUCUGGAUGAGGCCACACAGAGGCUGCUGAUGGCCCAGGAAGAGAUCCGGAGGUUGACGGACGAGCUGGAUGAGCUAAGACGGGAGCAAAGCAAAAUAGAAUCUGCCUCAUCGCCAGCCUUGCAAGCACCCGAGAGCCGGGAAGAAGGGGUGAACGAAUGGAGAGAGAGUGACAGGACUGAGCUACAGAAGGCCAUGGAGCACAACAGCAGACUGGACAAGGAAAUUCUGGCACUGCGAGCACGCGUCCAAACGCUCGACUUGGAAAGAAAAGCGUUCCUUGAUUUGGUUGAACAGCUCAAAGAGGAAAUCUGUGAGUAUCAGAAGAGCGAGAAGCAAGGACUUCCACUGCCCGCACCAACGGAGACUGAAGAAGCUGCAGCAUCCUUGCUGCAGGGCACAAAGGAUGAAGGGAGGGUUGAAGGAGACUGCAUUUCAGGCAAAGCUGUCUCAGAUCAAGACGACAGAUAUCAGAGUAGUGAAACACUUCAUAAAAGGUGCCGAGAGGUGAUUGAAAACAUCGAGGGCAGGAAUUCACAGCUCCUUCACAAGCUGCAAAAACUGGAGCAGGAGCAUGAGGAUUUGGUUGAGCGCAAUGAAGAGCUGGAAUCAAUUCUGGGAGAGACGCAGAUCCAAACCAAGCAGGAGAAGGAACAGUUUGAGAUUGAGGUGGAAGGACUUCACCGGAAAAUUACAAGUUUAGAGACAGAGUUACUUGAAGUGCAGAAGAACAAACCUGAGAUGAGUGGGGAAGAGCAGGCAUCGUCUGGAGCACAGGAGAUGCAAGAGAUGCUGGAAAGCUGUCAGGAAACGAUAGAAAAGUUGGGAAGUCAGCUGGGAGAGCGGAGAGAACGGAGAAAGCAACUCGCAUCUGAGCUUGAACUGUUACGAGAAGAUCUGAAGGCUGAGAAGGUGGUAUUGGGCAACGAGAGCUCUUUGCAUUUAUUUGGAACAUCAGCAAGCAGGGGUCUCAUUAAUGUAUCCCAUGAGAAGUUACAAGAAGAUAAUGCUUUGUUAGAUACAGAGGUCUCUGAACUUCUACAAGAAAGAGAACAGAUUAAUAAACUCGAGCAUACAGAAGAUCUAUGUACAGGUGAAAAGACAUACGAAGAACAGAAGACUAAAGUAGUAUUUUUGGAAGAACAGAUCAAAAACUUGAGGGAUGAACAAGAACUGCUCUGUUCUGAAUUACUAGAAAGCAACAAGAAGAGGGAGGAGCUAGAAAAGCAACUAAAAGAGAGCAAUGAAGAAAAACAGUUGUUACUGGAAGAAAUUGCCCAGCUAAAACAAGAUAUCCUGGCUACCUGGGAGCAGGGUGACAGCACGCUUGAGGAGACUUUGAGGAUGAAUCAAGGCACGGCGCAUAGAGAGAACAGAUUUCUUGUGUCAUGGAGUUCUGCAGGCAGUUUAGAUGGGAGCAUUAAACAGAGUCUGUCCGAUGAGAGAUUCCAGCAGCAGGAGGAAAAAAUGCAGCAAUUGCGGCAGGACUUGCGCCGCGUUCAGAACUUGUGCAGCUCAGCCGAGAGGGAGCUGAGAUACGAAAGGGAGAAGAAUGUCGACUUACAAAAGCAAAACCUUUUGCUCCAACAGGAAUGCACCAAGGUCAAAGCUGAGCUGAAGCAAGCCCGGGCAAAACUCUCGGACACUACUGAAACAUGCUCCUCUCUCUCAGCACAGUGGGAAAAAAGCCAGCAGAAGGUCAAAGAGCUCGAACAAGAGCUCCUGAAGUGCUCCCAGGCUGAUAAACUGCAGAGCAGUCUGCAAGAGAAACUUGCACAGGAGAAAUCCAAAGUAUGCGAAGCACAAAAAAAGAUUUCAAAACUCCAGCAAAAGCUAAAAGAUUCACAACACCAACUCCUGCUGGCAGAGGCCCAUGUUUCAGACAAGAAACUCCUGGAGGAGGAAUUGAAGGAGGCCCGAGAAAAUGAAGCUCGCGUGCAGCAAGAACUUCACGAGGAGCAGCUGAAAAGGAAGCUCCUGGAGCAGCAGGUGGAGGAACUGCGGCAGCAGCUCCAGCAUUCGCGGGAGACGGAGGCGUCGCUGGCCAAGAUGCAUGUGGAGCUGCAGGCCAAGACUCUGCACGUCCUAGAAGAUGAGAGGAAAACUGACUCGAGUGAGCACCUCCAGUGUCAGAAGGAGAACCAGAAGCUUUCCGAGCAACUUUCAGUCCUGAAGGAGGAAAACAAAGCCCUUUAUGAGGAAGGAGUCAGUCUCCUGAACCAGAAGGAUCUGUAUGUCAGGAAAUACAACGAAAUGCAGCUCCGCCACAAAGACAAGAUCCGCAGAGCCAAGGAGACCUUUAUCCACGAGGUGAAACAAAGGGACAACAGAAUUAAGCAGCUUGAAAAUGAGCUCAGCGAGUCAAAGCUCCAAGUGGAAAAGGGGAAGGUGCUGAUUGCUCGGAUCACCGCCGAGAAUGAGAAAUUACUCCAGGAAAGAAGACGGCUCCUCCAGAAGAUAACUGACCAAGAGGAC